UAAUUCUGUUAUCCAUGUCCUCGAUUUGGAUGGUCGAAAAACCGGCGUUACCGAUUAAUUUAAACUUAAAUCUCUCGUCCCUGGGUUUUCCACUGCAAAAUCGAAUGGAAGGGGAAACGAAAAUAAAUUCAAACGUGGGCGCAAACGCAAAGAAAGACACUGGCUACCCCCCCAGUGCAAAGGUGCAAGUGAUAAACUAGUGUUAGUGAUGUUAAAAAUCGCAGAAUGGACCCAUGGACGCUUACAUCGUGUAGAAUAUCUACCCCCCCACCCAUUGGCAAAGAUACAAGAGAGAGGUGGCGGGUCCACAGAACCGCCUCCACCAUCUCCACCAUCUCUCACGUCCACUGCAACGAGUGGCCCACCAUCUACUCCCAUACCCUCGUGUGCUUCGUAUUUUAGUCUAUUUUUCAUCCACAAAUGUUGCCGGGGGGGUUGGGACAAUCAUCGAAAUACAGCAACUCUCACCGUACCAUUUUCUUCAGUACGUCGUGUGACUCCCUGAAUUCAUGAGGUCCAGGUGCUUAAUUCCUAUUCCCCCCGAGAAUAAAAUUUUGUGAUCAACGAUAUUGUCCUUCAUCAUGUUACUAACAGUGUUAACGACUAUUUGGCACUAUUUAAAUGCCACAUUCAGAAGUCUGUUGGAAUGAUUCAUUAGGUGAAUAAUAUGGUAUUCAUUGGGGUCGUAUCAGAAGUGAAUAGCCCUCUGAUGGGAAUGAACUUGAUCUUCAGCAACAGACAUCAAUUGCAUUGCUUUCGGCUGCGUCUUGGGAGACUUACAAGUGACUAAAAUUACUUCUUGGUUGUCUCAUUGUAUAAAAGUGAUUCCUGGAUAUUGAACAAUGGAUGAAAAUGGUGGUGUGCUAUCCACGGAUCAUAAACCAGGUCCAUCGAGUCACUGUGAGGCCAAUCCAUUGGACGAUGCUGUUGGUAAACUUCUUCAAGGAUACGAUUGGACGUUACUUCCGGUUACUUCAAGAGCUGGAGGACGCAGGAGUACUCAUGUAAAGAGGCCUAUGAAUGCUUUUAUGGUGUGGGCACAGGCAGCGAGACGAAGAUUAGCUGAUCAAUAUCCGCAGCUUCAUAAUGCCGAGUUGUCGAAGACUUUGGGAAAAUUGUGGAGGAUUUUAAGCGAUGGAGAAAAGCAGCCCUUCAUUGAAGAAGCUGAAAGAUUGCGAAAUGCUCACAAGAAACAGCAUCCUCAUUAUAAGUAUCAGCCACGCAGAAGAAAGCCAAAAGUUGAGGAUCAAAUGACAAUUCUAACGCACCGAAGUGCCCUCCAGUCCUCAGUAUCCCUAGACUCUCCAGGAUCUUCAGACUGCAGUUACAGCAGACUGUACUCCGACAUCAGUACGAAAUCCUACGAGCGAUCGGUCCCGUACCCGGACCCUUCGAAGUCCUACGAACUCCAAAAAUCCUACGUGGAUACUAUCAAAUGUUCAGACCACCAGAAUCGAACAUACGAGGCCCUCCCCAAGUACGAUCUACCCCCAAAAACUUACUCCGAUCCCAAAUGUCAUGACGUCCAGAAUAUCAAGUACUCGGAGAGUAGCACCAGGUAUCCAGAACUACAAGUGAAGGCUUACGAUACUCUGCCGAAGUAUUCCGAUGCUAAGGGAUAUCAGGAGAGUCUGAAAUAUCCGGAGAUGCCCAGCACUGCGAAGUCAUACGCCUGCGUACACGGCCAGUAUUUUCCCGCUCCAGAGGCCUAUUCUGUUCACGAUGAUAACGAGUAUCAAAGUCAGAGUGUAACGACUCACUCAUUCUACCCUUAUAUCUCAGCGUCCAUGACACAACCACCUUAUUAUAUGGGACCUCGAUAAUGACACAUGCAAAUGAAUUGACAUUUGCAUUGAUCAUUUAUUCAACGAGUCCUGAUGACGCGAGAGUAUCUCCGAGAAUUUUUCCAAAUUCAUGUUUUUGCAUUCUAAAUAUAAACUAGCUGAUUUAAUUUCACUUAAUUAAUUGUAUUAAUUACGUUGACGACGUCCUGCAAUCAAAUGGUCAUAUGCCUGGGAAAUUUUAUAAAAGCAAAAUUUUUCAUAUAUUUUAUAUACGCAAAAAAUUAAUUUUGGGAUAGACUAUCUUCGACUUACCUUCGUGUCAUCUGGAAUGAUCACAUAACUCAUUCAUCCGCUUUCAUCGUCUGAAUUUAUAUUUUUAUUUAUGCUCUGUGGAUUUGUAAGGUAGUGAUAAAUGUUAUUAUUGCAAAGAAUCCCAUGAUUUUUGAUUAUAGAUUGUUUACAUCACAUUUAUUUCUUUUCAUUCAGCCGCACCUUUCGAUGUUACAUUUCAUCCUUAUGGUUACAAAAUUAUACAAAACCAAGUGGUAUUUGAAUUUUUCGAGAGAGUGGUUCUACUCAAAAAUAUAAUUAUUUUAGAGUUGGCAAGAAAAUAACAUUCUUGAGUGUCUUCGCAAGAAAAAAACCGACAUUGUUACAUCCAUUGCGUUAAAAUGAUCACGGAAAUAGCCCUACAUUUAAAUUUUCCAACUGAUUUAAAAAAUGAUAUCCCAUACGUUCUUGAUGUGCACUGAAUAUCGACACUAUUAAAUGACAUUAUUAAUUGAGGACGAGGAUUCUCUUAUGACUAUGACAGUCGAUUCAUUUUCACUUCGCCUCUUUCAACAAAACCUCAACAUUACCAUUCUAGAGAUUGAAAAGUUGUAUAAAACUGAAUAUUUCACCCUUGUCUGGCUGAAAAUAUUCAAUUUCAUUCAUGAUCAAGCAAUAAAGGUUAAACACAA